CUUCGCUUUCCGCCGCCUAUGUGAGUUAUUAGCGUCUGGCAGCAUUGGCUGCUAAUAUAGGCAACAACACCGUAGCACGUAGUUUAUUCAGAUAGCAAGAAGUACCUGACAUAAACAGUGUAUCCAAGUCCAGGAGGGCUGACACAAGAUGUCCGACAGUGCGGGCUUGCAGUCUGUCAGCCCGUAUGCCUUCGAGGCCAUGCAGAAGGUGGAUGUGGCUCGGCUGGCUGCGCUCAGCGACCCGGAGCUGAGGCUGCUUCUCCCCUGCCUGGUGCGGAUGGCCCUCUGCGCCCCAGCGGACCAGAGCAAGACCUGGGCCCAGGACAAGAAGCUCAUCCUCAGGCUGCUGUCCGGCGUGGAAGCAGUGAACUCCAUCGUGGCUCUGCUCUCUGUAGACUUCCACGCUCUGGAGCAGGACGCCAGGAAGGAACAGCAGCUCAGACACAAGGCAGGCGGUUCUAAUGGGGAGAGUAUGCUGGUGUCCCAGCUUCAGCGCGGACUCACGCUGGACUUCGAGCACAGCGACCCUCUGCACAGGCUCCGGCUCGCCCUCAGCGAGCUGCUGGUCAUCAUGAACAAGGUGGCUGACUCGAACGGGGAGUUUUUUAUGAAGUCGUCAGAGCUGUUUGAGAGUUCUGUGUACCUGGAGGAACUUGCAGACGUCCUCUGCAUUCUUCAAGCAGAGCUGCCAUCCUUGCUGCCCAUUGUUGAUGUGGCUGAGGCGCUGCUGCAUGUUCGUAACGGAGAUUGGUUUCUCUGUCUGCUUGUUGCCAACGUCCCUGACAGUUUCAACGAAGUGUGCCGAGGUCUGAUUAAGAGCGGAGAGCGUCAGGACGAGGAGAGCGCCGGGGGCCGGCGGCGGACCGAGGCUCUGCGGCAGCUCUGUCAGAUGAACCCCACCCAGGCCCUCAACAUCCGCGCCAUGGUGGUGGAGGAGUGCCACCUGCCGGGGCUGGGAGUGGCUCUGACUCUGGACUAUAAGCCCGACUCCAGUGAUGAGGCGGUCAGCCCCCUGGUGUCCUUCGUCAGCGGACUCCUACUGGGUACCAACAGCAAAGUGCGCACCUGGUUCGGCCUGUUCAUCCGCAACGGCCAGCAGAGGAAGCGUGAGAGCAGCUCGGUGCUGUGGCAGAUGCGUCGGCAGCUGCUGCUGGAGCUGGUUGCCAUCCUGCCGCGCUCCCGCAGCACCCACGUGCCCAACGACAGCGAGCCCGGCGCCGGCGGAGGGGCAGCGAGCGGCUACUCGGGCCUGAGGGAGGAGCACGUGGUGAAGGCCAGCGCCCUGCUGCGCCUCUACUGCGCCCUCAUGGGCAUCGCUGGGCUCAGGCCCACAGACGAGGAGGCUGAGCAGCUGCUGCAGCUGAUGACCAGUCGUCCUCCGGCCACCCCCGCCGGCGUGCGCUUCGUCUCGCUGGCCUUCUGUAAGCUGCUGGCCUUCCCCACGCUGGUCAGCACCCCAGAGCAAGAGCAGCUGAUGGUCAUGUGGCUCAGCUGGAUGAUCAAAGAGGAGGAGUACUUUGAAAGUGCUGCUGGAGUGUCUGCUUCCUUUGGGGAGAUGCUGUUACUGGUCGCCAUGUAUUUCCACAGCAACCAGCUCAGUGCCAUCAUUGAGCUGGUGUGUUCUACCCUGGGAAUGAAGAUUGCCAUUAAACCAAGCUCUCUUAGCAAGAUGAAGACCAUAUUCACCCAGGAGAUCUUCACUGAACAGGUGGUCACUGCCCAUGCAGUCCGAGUGCCCGUCACCAACAACCUGAGUGCCAACAUCACCGGCUUCCUGCCCGUGCACUGCAUCUACCAGCUGCUGAGGAGCCGAGCCUUCACCAAGCACAAGGUCUCCAUCAAGGACUGGAUCUUCAGACAGCUGUGCGAGAGCUCCACCCCUCUGCACACUCAGCUCCUCCCACUCAUCGACGUCUACAUCAACUCCAUUCUCACGCCCGCCUCCAAGGCUAACCCAGAGGCCACCAACCAGCCCGUCACCGAGCAGGAGAUCCUCAACGUCUUCCAGGGAGUGACCGGGGGGGACGGUGGGCGCGGGCGUUCACGUUUCAGUAUCACAGCCCAGCUCCUCAUCCUCUACUACAUCCUGUCCUACGAGGAGGCACUGCUGGCUAACACCAAGUCACUGGCCCAAAUGCAGAAGAAGCCGAAGUCCUACUCUGCAGCGCUGAUGGACCAGAUCCCCAUUAAGUACCUCAUUGGCCAGGCCCAGGGACUACAGAAAGAGCUCGGGGGUCUGCACUCUGCGCUGCUGCGCCUGCUGGCCACUAACUACCCUCACCUGUGCAUGGUGGAGGACUGGCUGAAGGAGGAGGAGGUGACCGGCACACUGCCCCUGCUGCGCAGGAUCCUGCUGACCAGCCCCACCUGCCUCUACACACACACACAGCUGCAGGAGGCGUUCCAGAAGCUUCCAUCCAGCCAGACGCGACUGCUUGAGAUGCUGGAGCACCUGGCGCUGCUGUCGCCCAGCGACCUGAUCCCGUACGCCGAGGCCCUGACGGCCAGCAUGGGGCUGCUGCUGGACGACGGCGUCCCCCGCAAGGUGCUGCAGACGCUCAACAAGCUGUGGAUGGUGCUCAACACCGUCAUGCCCCGCAGGCUGUGGGUGAUGACGGUGAACGCCCUGCAGCCCUCGGUGAAGCUCCUGAGGAAGCCGCGCUACACCCAGAAUGACCUGAUGGUGGACCCCAUCAUAGUCCUGCGCUGUGACCCCAGGGUCUUCAGGUGUCCUCCACUCAUGGACAUCACCCUGCACAUGCUGAACGGCUACCUGCUGGCCUCCAAGGCCUACCUGAACGCCCACCUGAAGGAGAUGGCCGACAUGGAGCGCCAGACGCAGACCAUCUCCAACCUGGGCCUGAGCGGCCAACCCGACACCCCCGAGGUCACCCGCGAGGAGCUGAAGAACGCCCUGCUCUCUGCACAGGACAGCGCCGCGGUGCAGAUCCUGCUGGAGGUGUGUCUUCCCAUCGCGGGGGAGGAGCCAACCGCAGUGGGCGGAGCCGAGAGCCUUCUGCACAGAAUGCGGGGCGACAAAGCCAAGCCCACGGGCGGCGCCGCGGCCGUGACGAUGGAGGAGGAAGAGGGCGGGUUGCUAAGCGACCUGCGGGAGGUGCAGUGUCUCAUCUGCUGCCUGCUGCACCAGAUGUUCAUCGCCGACCCCAACAUCGCCAAGCUGGUGCACUUCCAGGGUUACCCCCAGGCUCUUCUGCCUCUCACAGUAGCCGGAAUUCCCUCCAUUCACAUCUGUCUGGACUUCAUCCCCGAGCUGAUAGCCCAGCCUCAGCUGGAGAAACAGAUCUUUGCCAUCCAGCUGCUGUCUCAGCUGUGCACCCAGUACGCCCUGCCCAAGUCCCUGAGCGUGGCCCGCCUGGCCGUCAGCGUCAUGGCAACCCUCCUCACAGUGCUGACUCGUAAGAAGCGCCACUCGUUCUUCAUGCCCACCCUGCCCUGCCUGGUGUCCUUCUGCCAAGCCUUCCCGCCGCUCUACGAGGAUGUCUUCGCCCUGCUGGUGCAGGUGGGCCAGGUGUGUGCUGCGGACGUCGCCACUGAGGAGAGGGACAUCGACCCACUCAUUGCCCGGCUGCAGUAUCUGAGGGAGAGGCCCAAGGAUGCGGCGUCCGUGGUGGGCCUGUCCAAACCGGUCCUGCCCAAGAGGUCUGGAGACAGGGCGUGGGGAAGUGACCCGGACGUCCAGCUCUGCUACCAGAUCGAGACCACCUUCAUGGACAUCAUCCAGUCAAGCGUGCAGACGGAGCAGUGAUGGAGCCUGACCAGAUGGUGGUGGUGGAGGUGGUGGUGGUGGUGGUGGUGGCUGUUGUGGUGAAAGCCAUGGCCUCCAUCACCAGAGCUGUUACUGUGAAAACAACCAUGGCUGCUGUCACAACCAGAGAGCAGUGGCCUUUGACGACCAGACAUAAGGAAUGAUCUUGUCUCAAACUGUGUGUGUGUGGUUUUUGUCACAAAUUGACCAUACAGCUCCGCAUGAACUCAGACAGAUGGGUGGGGGUGCGAGGGGGGGGGUCGACUUGGAGAGCAUUUGAAGGGAGACGACAUGGAGGUAGUCCAGGUCAAAAGGGAGUUCUCCCUGUGAAGCUGUUGGUUUUGGUGUGGGCGUAUGUACAGUACAAUGAGCUGAUGCGGUAGCGAGAUAUUAUUGGUCUGUUUUCUUGACCACUGUACAGAUCUUUUCCAACACAUUGUAAAAAAAGGUGUUUUAGUUUUGUAAGCACUGAUCUUUUUUUUUAGACUUUGCAUUAAAAUAUGUGAA